UAUCGAAAUUACCCAAAUCACGAACCAUGGGCUGUGCAACAUCCACUGGCCGGGGCAUGAGCAGUGCGUCACUGUGACUUUCGGAGUCCCCUGACUUACGAGGAGGGCAUGAACUACCGGCUUAACGAGACCGACCUGCAGAAAAUGUGGAAGUACAUCGAGAAGGAGGACUUCAGUAAACGGAUGGAGUUGCUUGGAAUUGAGGAGUUCAUCGUCCCCGACGAUCAAUCGGUGUUGAUGAUGUGGCUGUUGAUCGGCGCGGGAGUGGUCGUCUCGAUGGCGAUGUUGGCGUUCGCUCUGUGGCGAUUCAGCUGCUUCGAUGAUUACACCAGGAUGCAAGCCUUCAGCGACACAGACAGUAUAAAGGCGCAAAAGAGGGAUUUGGAUCUCUAUCCCACCCCCCACCAGACCCUGCCACCCCUCACAGCGAGAACGACUACAAAUGGCCUGAUCUCAACAAAUUCGAUGAUGAUGCUAGAGUGGACAUUGGAGGGUUCGCCAACAGAAGUUAUAUCCGAGACGACUUGUACGACUUGGACUACGAAGAAGAAGUGCCCAAUAACGAAAGAGUCAGAAACAGCCUCCGAGACAACUACAGCAAUGUUUAGAAAUAAUACGAGUUUUAAAAUUGUGACACAUUAUCAAAAAACCUGCCUCUCUUAAUCCUUACUAUGGCUAAUGUAUUGCCGUUGAGCUAAAUAUCUCAUAUUUGUGCAGCUUUGUCAUCCCCAGCGUUUAGAACUGAAGGAUUAUAUACUCUAAAUAAGUCAGAAUAAAUGACUUUUUAAAUGAAUUUGUAUUGUGUCAUGAUUUACAAGUGUUAGUCGACGAUAAAUAUGAAGUCGCCAUUAUUUAAUGUCGAUAAUAUAACUGUGUAUAUUUAUAAUAAGGUUUAAUAUGUGAUUAUUAUAGCAACUGUCAUUUGAAAUGAAAAUAAGACAAAAUUUUAAAUCAAAGCGAGUAUAUUAUAGUAAAUGUGUUAUGAUUUUAAUCAUAUUUUAUAUGAAAAUAUAUAAUAAGACUAAAAAUAUACUGUGCGUUAUUUGUUUAGUAAUAUAUUGUGGUAUUAAAUGUAAAGCAUUUAAAAUAUACGUGAAUGUUAAUGACAGUAUAUGUAGUAAACUAAAACGAAAAUGUGGUUCCUUACAGAUAUUCAUUUUGGUAAUAAAAUAUAAUUGGCAUAUAUAUUUGUGUAUUUUAUUUGACAUAAAUGUUUAUCUAAAAUAUAUUGCUUUAAUAAUAUCAGUUAAUUUUAUUUCCCAAUUUUAUUCUGAAGGAACUGUAUUUUCGUAUGUAAUAUAAGAAUACCUAAAACUAUAUUAGAUAAUUAUAUUAAAUAUAUUAUAGGCCGUUGGUAUAGGCGAGAUAGUUUCCGUUAUAAUGAAAUAUUUUAUUGUUACCUUAGAAUUAUUAAGGCUGGUAGUUUAUUGAUCAAAAUUAGUAUAAACUUCUUGCAUGGACUUAGGCAAUGUAAGAUAUAUUUAAAUUUUAUUUCAUUUAUUCUGACUAUGUCCAUGUUGGUUGUAAAUGAUUAUUAACAAUGAUUUUGGAAUAACGCAAUCAUACUCAGGCCGUUAGAACUAGUGUUGUUAUUUUUAUUUGUUUUAUAAAAAUAUUUUUAAAAGAAUUUAAAUUUUUGUUUUGGUUUUAACGACGAAUAAACAGUUAUUUUUU